CAAAUAGAAGAACAAAAUAGAGAAGACGGGGGUAUUGUGGUAAUUUCGGGGCCGGCAAAUGCUACACAUGCCGCCUGUAUCUAUCGAUUACAGUUAGAGAGCAGAAACUAGAAUCUGUUACUAUAAAUUGACACAACUGUGAAGAAGGCGGAAAAACACCACUUUCAAUUUUCCGAUCUGCAGCACAGUUACAUAAUCUCCCGAGAGCUUCUGCAGCAGUUCAAUCAAACACGCACACUCUGUGUGAUUUUUCUCCGCCGGCAGUCGAUAUGGUGGUGGUGGUGCCUCCUCCGCAGUUUAACAACCGAGAACUCGGCGGCCCUUCCUUCACUCUCAAUCAAUCUGAUGGCUACUCCGCCGAGAUUCUUCUUUACGGAGGUCAAGUAAUAUCAUGGAAGAAUGCGCGUGGAGAAGAGUUGCUUUUUGUCAGCGAGAAUGCCGAUUACGAACAUCCACAUCCGCUUCGUGGAGGCAUUCCGAUUUGCUUCCCAAAGUUUUUCGACUAUGGAUGCGUGGAGGGUAAUGGAUUUGCUAGAACCAGAGACUGGGUAAUCGAUGCUGAGCUGGAAGAUUCGGAUCUUCCCCUUCUAACUGCUGAUAAUGCAUUUAUUGAUUUAAUCCUCAAUCAUAUGCCUGACGACUUCCCAAACUGGCGUAGACAUAGAUUUGAGCUCCGUUUACGUGUUAUUCUGGGACCCACCGGAGAUCUGACUAUGAUAUCUCGCGUGAAAAACGUCAACACUAACGGGAGGCCUUUCUCAUUCAAUUUUUCCUUUCACACCUACUUCUCUGUUUCAAAUAUCAAUGCAACUCAGGUUGACGGAUUGCAGUCGUUGGUGUAUCUGGACUAUAUGACGCGGAACCACAGGCGUUGUAUUGAAGGGGAUUAUCCAAUCACUAUCGAAAAUGAGUUCGACAGGGGAUAUCUGAACACUUCUAAUGAGAUCUUUGUUGUGGACCAUGAGAUUCGAAGAACUUUUACCAUUCAUAAAGAUGAUCGGCUUCCUGACAUUGUUGUGUGGAAUCCGUGGGCUCUUGAGGCGAGGGAUACGACCGAUAUAGGAGAUGAAGAGUAUAGGAAGUUUAUUUGUGUUGAGGCAGCUGUCGUGGGGAGUGAAAUUACGUUGUAUCCCGGUGAGAAGUGGACCGGGACCCAGCGUCUUUCUGUUCACGACUGGACUGAUUCCGAUGUACUGCCAGAUCCUGGGAAUAUUCUUUAGGAGCUACUGCUGACAAAAUAUCAAAGUACUGUUUUGUUACUUUGCUGAAUCAGUUUCUAAACCUUGUU